CCCACCACGAGGGCUGUGGUCCUGGGGCCUUGCGAGGGGGGGGAGAAUGCGCUGCUCUGAGGAGCCACACCCCAGCCAGUGACCCGGUUCCCUGCGUGGGCGCCAGGGCUCAGCUGUUCCCUCAGCCAGAAUGUGCGCGGGGGGCGGCGGGGACGGGGCGGCGCCCGCGGGAGGCUGAAGCCCUGGGUCGGGCUCCAGCCCAGCAAGGGGCAGCAACAGCGGUGGGCUUUGGCCUGGGGGCGUGUCCAGGCUCCUCAGCCAUGACCGCGGCAGUGUUCAUUGGGUGCAGCCUCAUCGCCUUCGGGCCGGCGCUUGCUUUGUGCGUCUGCACCAUCGCCGCCGAACCGCUGCGCCUUGUCUUCCUCAUCGCUGGAGGUUUCUUCUGGCUGGUCUCGUUGCUGCUUUCUUCCCUUGUAUGGUUCAUUGCAGUGCAGAUUGGUGGGAGCAACAGUGCAUCAGUAAAGAAAAAUUUGCUCAUCUUUGGAGUGGUGUUCUCUGUCCUGCUCCAGGAAGUCUUCCGAUUUGCCUAUUACAAACUGUUAAAAAAAGCUAAUAAGGGCUUAACGACUAUAAGCCAGGAGGAAACCAUACCCAUCUCUGUCAGACAGUUGUCCUAUGUGUCUGGCCUGGGUUUUGGGAUCAUGAGUGGAAUAUUUUCUCUUGUGAAUAUCCUGACUGACUCCUUGGGACCAGGCACAGUGGGUAUUUAUGGAGAUUCUCCUCAGUACUUCGUGGCUUCUGCAUUCAUGACUUUGGCCAUUGUUCUGCUGCACAUUUUUUGGGGCAUUGUAUUUUUUGAUGCUUGUGAAAAGAAGAAGUGGUGGGCACUGGCACUGGUCAUCCUGAGCCAUUUGCUGGUAUCAGGUCUGACUUUCCUGAAUCCUCAGUACGAAGGCAGCCUAGUGCCAUCUUACAUUAUCAUGAUGCUCAUGGGUACCUGGGCUUUCUUCACUGCUGGUGGCUCCCUUAGAAAUCUGAAACUGUGUCUGAUGUGCAGAGACAAGGACUUCCUUCUAGCCAACCAGCGCCCCAGAUAACCUCUAAGCAUCUGGAUUUUACCCAUCCAUCUCUCUACAUGUUUAGUGAAAGCACAACUGGUGCCUGCUUGACCUUCCUUGAAUGCUAAGUUGAGAUAUUUAUGUAUUCCUGUGUAACUUGGCUUCUUUCAGCAGCUGUCUGAACUGCAUAUGUGAGUGAAAUCUCCUUAAGAGUACCCAGAAAUUAGACAAUUUACAUAUUAGCUGCUGCUUUAUGCACUAAGUUUGGGCUGAGUUAAUAGAACAAAUGAACAAUAUAAAACAUGGAUAGACUAGAUUUAAAACUAAAAGGCUAUCUGCUAACUUCAGUUGUGAACUACACAUCCACUUUGCUAUAGAAUUAAUAAAGAUAACAUUUUAUUGUGCCACAAUGAAGUUCUAGAUGCAAUAAAGAAAAAACACAGUUUUCCUAUGGUGUUUUAGCCAAAGUUAAGAUGUUUCCUUUUUUAAAAAGUUAUAAUAUUUAAUAGGAUUUCUGAAUUGUUAAAAUAUGUUUUAGAGCAUAGUGCAAUAACUUCUCUGUGUAAAUAUUAGAAAUAUUCCUUCAGGACUACAUUGUUUGUAUAGUAGAGAUGAGACACAAGGGACCAUAACUUUUUCUGACUCCUGAAUGAAUUUUGAAAUGCACUCAGGGUAUGUCUACACUACAAAAUUAGGUCAAUUUUAUUUAAGUCAACACUGAGCCUCUGAUUUAAGCAAGUUGAUUCUGCAUGCCCCACUAUGCACAUUGUAUCAGCGGAGCGCGUUCUCACUAGCAGGGCUUGUAUCGACUCAUGGAGCGCUGCAUUGUGGGUAGCUAUCCCACAGUGCAUGGAGCCGAGUGGAAUGUUGGGUUGGGCUUGGGCAAUGCUUCAUGGGGCCAAAACAUUCGCGCGGGUGGUUAUGGGAACAUGGUAUUAGCCUCCCAUGAUGCACUUACCUCUCUCCCUCCCUGAAAUCAACAGCAAACAAACCAAGCCUUUUUUUUUCCUAAACCUGGAUUACCCGCACAGACGCCAUAGCAUGGCAAGCAUGGACCCCGCUCAGCUGUACACUGUUGUUGUGAGUAUUACAAACACCUCACACCUUAUCCUGCAGUAUUUGCUAAGCAGGAGCUGCCAUACAGAAUAACGUGAUGCCAUGCAAGCAGCCCUGCUGGAAGCCAUGGAGCAGAGCAAUUGCAGAUGCUGGCGACAGUUGUGUAUCACCUUGACAGUGGAGUGCUGCUUCUGGACCCAGGAAACAAGCACUGACUGGUGGGACCACAUAGUUAUGCAGCUAUUGGAUGAUGAGCAGUGGCUGCAGAACUUUUGAAUGCGCAAGGCUACUUUCAUGGAACUGUGCGAAGAGCUUUCAUCAGCCCUGAAGUGCAGCGAUACUAAAAUGAGAUCUGCUCUGACAGUUGAGAAGCGAUUGGCGAUAGCUCUGUGGAAGCUUGCAACAUCAGACUGCUACCAGUCAGUGGAAAAUCAAUUUGGAGUGGGUAAAUCUAUCGUGGGGUCUGUUGUGAUCCAAGUUGCCAGGGCAAUCAAUAGACUUCUGCUAAGAAGUGUAGUGACUCUGGGAAAUGUGCAGGACAUAGUGGAUGGUUUUGCCACAAUGGGGUUCCCUAACUGCGGUGAGGCAAUAGACGGAAUGCAUUUCCCUACCUUGGCACCAGACCACCUUGCCAAAGAGUACAUAAAUCUAAAGGGGUACUUCUCAAUGGUGUUGCAAGUGCUGAUGGAUCACAGGGGCCAUUUCACUGACAUCCAUGUGGGAUGGCAGGGAAAGAUGCAUGACACACGCAUCUUUAGGAACUCCGGUCUGGUCAGAAAGCUGCAAGCAGGGACUUUCUUUCCAGACUGCAAAAUAACCGUUGGUGAUGUUAAAAUGCCAGUCAUGAUCCUGGGAGACCCAGCCUACCCCUUGCUCCCAAGGCUCAUGAAGCCAUACACAGGCAGCCUGGACAGCAGUAAGGAGUGGUUCAACCAUAGGCUGAGCAAGUGCAGAAUGGUGGUAGAAUGUGCCUUUGGACGUUUAAAAGCCCGCUGGAAUAGGUUGCUUACUAGGUUAGACCUCAGUGAAAGCAAUAUCCACAUUGUUGUUGCUGUGUGCUCCGUAAUAUCUGUGAAACAAAGGGAGAAAAGUUUCCGGCGUGAUGGCGGUGGUGGAGGCAGAUUGCUUGGCAGCCAGACACCAGGACAAUAAGAAGAGCACAUCAAGGCACACUGCGUCUCCAAGAGGCUUUGAAAACUAGUUUCAUCGAUGACCCACAGUAAUGUGACACUUAUGUGUGUUGUUACUUACCUAGCUGUCCCCUUCAUUGCAUGUACUCCCCUGUAAACUACAACCCUGCUAACUGCUGUGUGCUGAAUGAGUAAAGAGCCUUUUCUCCUCAGUCCAUUGAUUUUUAUUAUGCUCACAAACACUGAGAGACAGCAAAGAAAAGUAAGAUAACCUGGGGCAAAAGGGCUGAUAACACGGGGCUGGGGGGAAAAACAAGGAAGGCUUGCUUACAAUUGCACUACAAUAGCCAUCAAAAGUGUGGGAAUGGGCGCCUUCUGGUCCUUGUACCUUCCCCUGGAGUUGAGUGCAAGGGAUACCGGACUUCCUUUCCCUCCGCCCCUCCCCUCCCCCACCCCGCAUCCUAGGACGUCUGGGAGAGGAGGAUGUGGAACUUGGCGACGAUGGCAGCGGGUUCACCAUAGGCUGCAGCAGGACUCUAGUGUCCAGCUGCCUUUCUUGAACCUCAGCCAGACGCCUCAAGGUUUCUGUUUGCUCCCUCAUAAUCGGCACCAUCUCUCGUGCCUGUCACGCUCAUCUUCCCUGCCUGCUCUUCUGUCCUUGUGGUCAUUGUGCAGGCUCUCCAACAGUGCAAUCCUCCAUGUGCUGAGCUCUGUCUUGUCACUCUCGGAGGCAUUAACUCAUUGAACAUGUCCUCCCAAGUCUUCUUUUUCUCCCUUCUAAUUUGGGAAAGUCUCUGCAUGGAGGAUGCGCUUUUGGACAAGGUUUCAGCUACAAAGAAUACAAAGCACGAGGGUAGCACUGACAGUGCAUACAUUGUUUCUGGUGCAAGUUUAAAUCUUUUUAUAAAAGAAACACCCCCUCAAUGCACUUCCCUGCAAGUCACAACUUAAGGAGAAUCGCUGGCUACUGCAAGAGUCGGUUUGCUGCUACAACCAUGGUGAGUAAGGCCACAAGGCAUGGGUGAGAGGUCUUGUGCUGCAGCUUUUGUUAAGACAUACUUGGAAUCAAUGGUUGGAACCUCAGCACAACGCCCUUUCCCAUAGCAACCUGGAUGGUGCUUGAGGACAGGCACGAGUGUAAAGACCCACAAAUAGUUUGAUGGUUACAAAAGCGGCACUGAGUUGGGGUGGAAGGGAGACAAACAGGAAGGGUCGCACCCCUCCCCUUUUUAAAUGCUGGCUGUAAUACACAGUGAUCCCUUCCAAGCACACAACAGGGCACUCUUGGGAAAGUGUGGUUGUGUGACCCAGAAUUCACCAAAUGGGGCGGAUUACUUAUCGAAUUGCUUGCGGUUUAAGGGCUAGCAUUAAAAACCUCCUAGGUGACCAUAAGCGAUAUCCCUUUCCUGAGGGUAACAAAAGCGGAAAGGGAGCAGAUGCUGCAAGCGCUGGCUACAGACCUGGUCCUUAUGCUGCAAUGCUGCGUGCCACAAUGAUGCCAGAAGAGUUAAUACCUGAGUGACGCGGGAAAGUGUCCUACCGUGGUGGAGGUAUCCACGGAGCGUUUUGGGGUAGUGGUGGGGUUGCCACCUAGAAUCGCACGCAGCGCAUCAUCAAAGUUGCAUGUCUGUGGCUCAGAACCAGAGCGACUGUUCAUCUCCCUUGUCUUCUGGUACGCUUGCUGAAGCUCCUUUAUUUUCAUGCGGCACUGCUGUGUGUCCCUGGUGUAUCCCUUCUCCCUCAUGCCUGUGCGAUUUUUGGCAUAGAUGUUAGUGUUUCUUCUGCUGGUUCGAAGUGCCGCCUGCACAGACUCUUCUCCCCAGACAGCAAUAAGAUCCACUACCUCCUGUGCGCUCCAUGCUGGAGCGCGUUUGUGGCCUCGAGCAUCCAUUGUCAGCUGUGCUGGCGAGCUCUCCACGCUGAUCAAACAGGAAAUGAAAAUUCAAAAGUUCCCGGGGCUUUACUAGUGGGGCGGUUGUUUCCUGUGUACUGGGUGAAGUGUGGUGGAGUUGAAAGUGCUCUCCAGAGCAGUCACAGCGGAGCACUGUGGGACGCCACCUGAAGGCCAAUUCAUUUGCAUUACACAGCACAGUGUCUGCACUAUCCCCAUGUCGACACGUGGAUGUCGACUGAAGCGCUACGCCUCUCGCAGAGGUGGAGUACAGAAGUUGACUUUACAAGCCCUUUAGGUCAGCAGAAGGGACUCGGUAGUGUAGACACAUACAUUAUUAACUCGAUCUAAUGCAGCAUAUGUCGACCUAGCUUUGUAGUGUAGACCGGGCAUUAGUCUUGAAAGGUAUGUUGUGCCUUUAUGCUGCUAGAUUUCUGAAGACAAGGUAAAAAGUUUAACAAAUCCAAUACACAUACUGUUUAAUAUAGCUGUCCUUUUGAGGCUUUUCGUUAUAAGGCUACCAGUUGAAACUAAGUUACAGUACAUUGCCUCUCAUCUCUGUUAUAUAAACUCUGAGGGGAUACCCUGGAGUUAGUUCUCACUGAAGAAAAUCACGUAGCUGCUAUUUUAAUAAACCUCUUCCAGGGUGGUUAAAAGUUUUACCUAAACCAUGAAGUAAAGCAGGAAUAAGGCACCUCAAAUCGAUACUCAUUUUUUUUACAUGAAAUGAAUGCUGCUGAGUCUGUUUCCCACAUGUAUAUCUACCGUAUCAUUACAGUAUAAUAUAAAAUGGUUAACGUAAAUGGGAAUGGGUUAGACUGCUACAUUCAGACCUGGGUCUAAUAAGGUGUUUGCAGUAAUGAUUUUUUUUAGCAUAAGUAUCGCAAAAGCAACAUUUCAGUAUAUACUGGGUUCCUUUGGUUUACUUGGUUUAAAACAAACAAAAUAUUUAGUGAAUUAAGAUUUAUCUGCAGUUUUGUGAGUUUAAUUUAUUUAUCAUUUAUUCCUCCCUGAAUUAUAUUUUGAUAGACUGAAAUGUAAGCAUGUUAAAGUGACAAACUAGUACAUCCUUGUAGGGCACCAAGACACACAGUGGCAAGCAGCUUGAAUAGCUGUAAUAACUGGUGUGCUAUAUCAGCACAAUACAUUUGUGAUACUAGGGGUACUUUGACUCGGGAUCCUAUAGCACAGUAGAUUAGUAAUAUGGUAAGAUUUUAUCACAGUAAUGAAAUAUUUUUGUUUUAUUUGAGGGUAGGUUUUUAUUUUUGCUAUUAUAUAUGUUUAAACAUAUAUUAACUUUGGACUCGAGCAGUUAAAAUGUCUCUUUGUUAACUGUAAAGUGUUGUGCCAUUUAACAAUACUGAACUACGAAGUCAUGUUGAUUUUAAAAUGUAAUACUGUGACAGCACUCUUAUUUAAGCAUCGGCAUUUAUCAAAGAGAAAUAAAAAGGAGAUUUGAAUUGCCUUUGGUACUAUUUUAUUUCCUCACUUGCAACCUUUAAUUGGCAGAACAACUGUGAAACUGUUAUGUGUUAAUUGUUAAUGUGUCAGUAGAGAGAAUGAAUGAUCCAGAAGAGAAAUGGGGGAAUAAUUGGUAUAGGAUUGGUACUAGUUUUGUGGGGGGGGGGUUGUUUUUAAUUAGUGUGUCAGAUUUUUUACAGUACAACAAAAUUAUGAUAAAUAUAACGCAUGAGAAUUGGACGGCACUGGGAUCAAUACAAAUAUUGAAAGGGGGAGAGGAGAUAACUUGGUAAGUUUUGAGUGUCACACCUAAACUUGGUAAAAGUAUCACGCUCAUUUUAGACCUAAAUUAAACUGGCUUUUUGGAAACCUAGUGGUGAUUGUUUGGUUACUGAAAAUUGUUAGCAAUGUUCACUCAUAUUAAGGCUUUAGAAAACUUUAUAUAUGUUAAUGUAAUGCUGCAUUGUUACAUGUUUACAUUUGGUCUGCACCUCAGUUUGAGUGUUGCAAAUAUUUUAAUUGUCUGUUUUCCAUUUGGGUUUUGGAGGGCUCAGAUGCAUGAGCAGUACAAUAUAUCCAGAGUUUCUCUGCUCAUCUAAGACUAUUACCUUUGCAGAAGAAUCCAGGCAACUCCUAGGAAGGCUGCUACGUGCAAACUAGAAAUAUUGGGUGGGAUCCACAAAGGUACUUACGUGCCUAAGUCUGGGAUUUAGGCACCUAAAUCCUGGUUUGGCUCCACUGCAAUCCACAAAAUUCCUGCCAAACUCUGUAGUCACCUAAACUUGGUGCCUAAGUUUUCAGGGUGAUAGUUUCCUAGAUGCCUAUGUUUCCUCCUCAGGCAUCUGGAUGCAUAGAGGGAGGAGCACUGCAUAUGCCCUAUCUCCCUGCCUGAGCUCCAAAGAGAUUUACAAACCAAGGGAAGAUAGGCAUUGAGCAGCCUAAGGGCUAGUCUACACUGGCAACGUUAAAGUGCUGCUGCAGCAGUGCUUUAACAUGGCUUGUGUAGUUGUGGCGGAGCGCUGGGAGACAGGUCU